CACACCGAAGCCUUCCUCAUAUCAAUUUUCACUACCUACCUAGGUACCUAGUACAUUUAAAACCAGAGAGCAAAGUCUCGACUAUGGUUAGAAAACUCACCAAUAAAACCGACCAACUUAUACCUUUAUUCAAAAUAUUCCAUCCUUGCGAUAACUCAUAUUUCUGAAGGCAAAAAAGGAAAAGGAGAAAAGGAAACAAGAAAAAAAAAUAUAAAAAUAACGACAUGUCCAAGCCCGUGGUCAACUUCAUAACGGGCAACGCCAACAAGCUGCUCGAGGUGCGUGCCAUCCUCGAGCCGGCCGGCAUCGAGGUCCGCAACCAGGCCCUCGACCUGCCCGAGGUCCAGGGCACGGUCGAGGACGUGACGACCGAGAAGUGCCGCGCCGCCGCCGCGGCGGUCGGCGGGCCCGUCCUCGUCGAGGAUACGUGCCUUUGCUUCGACGCGCUGAACGGGCUGCCGGGGCCUUACAUAAAGUGGUUCAUGCAGUCUAUCGGCCACGUGGGCCUCAACAAUCUGCUCGCAGCCUACGACGACAAAUCCGCGCAGGCCGUCGCGACUUUUGGGUUUUGCAAGGGACCCGGUCAGGAGGUGCUGUUAUUCCAGGGACGCACGCACGGUAAAAUAGUGCCUCCUAGAGGCCCAACCACAUUCGGCUGGGAUCCGUGUUUUGAGUACGAGGGUCAGACCUACGCGGAGAUGGAUAAGGUUGAGAAGAACAAGAUCUCGCACCGCUUCAAGGCGCUCGAGAAACUCCGAGCGUGGAUCGAAGGUGGCGGUAUCAAGGAAUAAGUGAGUGAGACUUGCGUAAGAUUUGGCGGGAGUCAGACUCGGUUAAUACCAUAGAUGUGCGAAGGACUUUAAAGAAAAGACAUCCGUCUAUAGAAUCCGGCGAACAAAUCAAUAGACUACGAUAAUCUCCUUGAAGGUGAACGUCAAAAGAUUUGACCAAUCUCAUCUCAUAAAUUCAACUAUUCGACGUUUACUUUAUGUGGUUAUCUUAGGCUAUUUUGCAAUCCAUUCUCUCUUUCUCCUUGUAACGCCGAUGAGUUCCAAAUAGGCAAAUGCGUAUCGAAACAGACAGGUAUAUGACUAAGCACUGGGUAGAAGAAGGAAAAAGAGUACAGCAGGCCUUCAACUAUAUUAUUUCAAUCUAUAUCACACAUCUCAUGUUAGCUCAAGACACGACGUUACAGAAUGAGAGAACGAUGACGUACUGAAGAACCUCAAAAUGUUGAUACGCGGAUAGGUACUUGGGUCCGCGCCGGUAAAAUUUGAGCACAUCGUCCGGGUGGGCGCGGGAAUGGUCGAUGCUGUGUCCAAUGUACUUGGUGAUGCUUGUGGGGUCCUGGUGAGAUGGGUCGAAAACCAGGAGGUUUCGAGUCCCUUUGGCCGUCCGUUCUAUUCCGAUGAUCGUCAUAGAGUGGCCUU